UAUUGAUUGUCUCCGAAAUGGGGUUAAUUAGAAUACCGGUGUCUUUUAGAAAGUUACUUCAUUUAAGCUCAGGAAUGCACCCUUGAAAUUAACGAAAAUCAAAACAACCGAUAAAUAAAUAAAAUAAAUAUAUUAAACGAUAAAAAGUCUACGUACUUCAAACAAUAUUGGUGCUAUCUUUAGGUACCUAAUAAUAUUUUAAAUGUGAAAGUUUUUAUAAAUUGAUUCUCAGAUCUUAGUUCCUUUGCGGAAAAACGACUGAACGAAUGUCUAUGAAGUUUGGCACGCAAUUAAUAUAUAACUCAGAAAAUAAUAUAACAUACUUUUAAUCCUGAAAUUCAUCAUCAGAGGAAAACGUUGCAAUGGAGGAUGCAUAGGUAUCUAUUCGUUUGAGAAUACUAAGAGGGAGGGGGUAAGGUCAGUUUAACGACUUCUAUUACGCGGACGAUUGCGCAAACAGUAGACAGUUAAUAUUUUAGGAAGUAUUAACAACCUUCCUAGGGCAUCCAGGCGGUUUUCGGCCAUUUGAAACUCCAGAGUACGCUCUCCAGACUGCACGAUCCUCACCCGUCCGGACUACGUGCCCGAGCCAUCGCUGGAGAGACGAAGUGCAAAAAGACCUUAGCGAACUCGACACCGUCGACUGGACAGAAACGGUUUUGGACAGAGAAGCAUGGCUGUCUUUGAUGUCGGAGGCCAAGAUCCACUUCGGGUCGCUGCGCCACAGCAGUAAGUACGUAAGUAAGUAACAACCUUCAGAUAAUUCAUGAAGAUACCUAAUACAUUAUCAGCCGAUAUUAUAUCUUAACUUCGAAAGCCGUUCCCACGCAAUCGGUGUGUCGCCUACUGCCACCUUCACAACUUAGCGUAAUUCCAGUAAUUAGGUACUUGCACCGCGACCUUACACAAAUUUCAUGCAAACAAUACUACAAAAGGUAACCAAGAAAAUAACCUACAGAGGCAAUUAGAAGGGACACUAUAAUGUGUGAAGACGUCAGUUAUUCUCACGGGUAUACUGGUAACCGAGUAAAUGAGCCAGGCUGUGCGAAGUUUUCGUAGACUCUUUUGGGGGAAACGAAUUGUAUUUGCUAACAAUAUACCGACUAAUACUACAAAUUAAUAAUUAAAAUAACAACUUAAAUAUUAGUAUUAGUAUAUUUAAAUAUUUACGUUGUUUAAGUUUAUAAAUGAAUACCAUUCUAGAAAAAACAUUAUAUGGUGUAAGCAAAUUGAAUUAUAUUAAGGGUAGGUAUUAUUAGUGCCAUAGAGCUAAAGUAUACAAAGUAUACUUUUAAAUCACGAAAUUUUACCAAAGUCCAAAGUGGGAUCAAUAAAGAAUUUUAAUAUUUAUGAAACCUAAGAAUUCAUGUUUUUGUUAUCUAAAUAAUAAUAUCGGUGUCGUAAUCGGCCACUACCGCGCCACGGUCAUAUUUUGAUUGCAAACCUAUGAUAAAAGAAUAACAAAUUCUAUUAUAAUUCCCAAAUCAUUGCAAAUCUAUGUGUGCCUCUAAUUUAUCGUAUUUAGCCAAAGCAUAUCCGUCCAUACAUAUUCAAUAAUUAAGGUGAAAUCUAUUAUUUAUGGGUAUAUUCAAUUAUCAAUAAUUAUCAGGUAAUAUCUGUUUAAGUGGCGCUUAAUCAUUGAUACCGUCGGCCAGCAGCUCAUUCACCGCGGCCCGUUCCUCGCUGACACAACCGUCAAACGUAACAGAGUGCCGUAAAAGUGUUUGUUUUCUUGUUCAUGUGUGUGAUAAUGAUACUUAAAAUAUUCUGACAAUGGGUGAAAGUUCCAUGUCGCGGACCACAGGCUCCGUGGUACUACAAGUGGGGGCGCUCGAGCUGCUAGCCAGAUAUUCCAUGAACAAUGGACGAGCGACGAGCGUGUUGUCGUCGCUGCACGAGUUCAGAGUACAAGAGGCUGAGCAGGUUGGCGGCAAGCAGUGGAACUGGAAGUACUUGAGGGAUCAAUUCGACCAAAAAGACUUAGAAGGUCUAUAUAGAAAAUAUGACGACAAAUUAAGGGAAUCACUCAUCUACAUUUAUAUAUCGUUGUUAGUGUUUUUUUCAACGACUCACAUUGGUUUAGUAAUUAUUAGUACGUACUCAGAGCAGGUGUUAUGGAAAUCAACCUAUUUAUCUUUUGCAAUGUACAUAUUGCGAAUCGCGGUGCCAAUGCUAUUUUUGUGCAAAUGCUUCUACAACCCGUUGAAGCAAAGGUGGUUCUGGAUACCCAUUUUUGUAACGUUUGUCAUCACGCUUGACCUCGUGUUCACCGACAUUGCAGUACCGAUAUUUAGCUACUAUGAAGGAAUGUCGCUUCGACCUGCCUACUCCACGAUGGCACUCCUCUCGAUAUACAUCUUUCUGCCCAUGAGGAACAACUUCCUCGCCAUCCUCCUCGGCGUUCUGGUCAGCGUGAUAUACGUACUUAUCUUUGCCUUAGUCACUUAUAUUGAGGAUCCACGGAUACAGGUAGUGGUGGCUUCAGAUACACUGUACCUUAUCGGCGUGAACCUGAUGGGCGUAUACUUCAGGCUUAUGAACGAGAUAGUGACGAGGAGGUCGUUCCUCGAUCGCCGAGCUUGCGUUGAGAGUACGCUGCGUUUGAAAUUCGUCAAAGAUCAAGAAGAGCGCCUCAUGUUGAGCAUCAUUCCGGAGCACAUAGUCUCGAGAGUUCGCCAAGAUAUUCGUACCAUGUUUCUUGGUAUACAGUCUCAUACUCUAAGCUACACUAUGAGAUCAUUCAACCAAUUGUACGUGGAAGAGCAUGAUAACGUGAGCAUUCUUUAUGCGGACGUCGUAAAUUACACCAUGAUAUCGACCACGCUAUCACCAAUGCGGAUGGUGGAGCUUCUGAAUGAGUUAUUCGGCAGAUUCGAUGAAGCAUCUGAGGAAUUUGAUGUUCUUCGCAUAAAGUUCUUAGGCGAUUGCUACUACUGCGUUAGUGGCAUCCCGAAGCCCACAACCCAACACGCCAAGAACUGCGUAGAUUUAGGCCUCGAUAUGAUUCACAUUAUUAAGGACGUCAGAGAGAAACGAUCAUUGAACAUCGACAUGAGAAUCGGAGUUCACUCUGGACGAAUUCUAAGUGGAUUAAUAGGCAUGAGAAAGUGGCAAUUCGAUAUCUGGUCCAAAGAUGCUACUAUAGCUAAUAAGAUGGAAUCUACAGGGAAAGCAGGAAAAGUUCACGUAACCAAACAAACCCUGGAGUUAUUAAUAGACUACGCUAGAGAAUACAUAAUCGAACCUAACUUUGAAUCUCAAAAUGAUCCGUUUAUUUUAGAAAAUAAAUUAGAAACAUUUUUACUCUCGAGGCCAGACAGACCUAUUACAGAAUACAAGCCGUACCGUAGAGCAUCAGUUGGAUUCAGCAAAAUGAUUAAAAAGAGACGGUCGGAAAAUAAAAACCAAUCAACUUAUCGGAGAACCACAACUUUUAUGGACGAAAAUUUGGUAGAAUAUCAACAGAUGUUGAAAGCAGCUGACGCUCAAAUGGCAAAGGAAAUCGAAGACAUGACCAGCGGCAAGGAGCAUUUCAAAAAAGAAUCGAAGCUGAACAGAUUUACGUUGAUGUUCGAAAACUACAAACUUGAAAAGACAUUUUUAUUAUUACCUGACCCUCUCUUCAAGUAUUACAUCACAUGCUGUCUCGUCAUAUCUUUACUUAUAGCAUUCGUAAAUGCAUUGACUUCCGACUGGUAUUGCUGUUUUCUCUGGUACACAUUUGUCGCCGUCCUUUUUCUCAUAAUGGGCCUUGUAAUCAUGCAGCCACUAACUUGGUUUCAAUUUUUCUGGAACAAAUAUAAAGGACUGGAACAACCACGGAAUCGCUUCCUACGGAGGAUAUACGAUAUAUCGGAGAGUAUUACCAGAUCAGCAAAACUAAGGACAGCCAUAUACUUGCUUAUUAGCUUCUCGUUAGCUGCAACUUCUAUGGUCAGUGUGAUCGAAUGCAUAGAAGUUAAAACCGAUGACCCUGAUGUUCAAGCAGUCACCGUUUUGUCAAACUGUUAUUCUUCGUGGCACGUGACACAAUGUUGGGGUUUAGCGUUACUACUAAACUUUUUGUUUAGCAGAGUAUUUUUCAUUUUUAAAUGGAUCGUGGCAGGUGGAAUGACCAUAUUUUACUUAUGGGUAGUGUGGGAAAUGAAAACCUCAUUUUUCGCGGAAGAUGCUACAUUUAAUGUGGGAUUGGAUCCCCGCGUAUCUCACACACUAUCCGUCGUUUUUAUAACCAUCACGUUGUAUUUCAUAGAUAGAACCACUGAAUACAGAAACAGACUGGAUCACUUGUGGCAACUGCAACUUACAGAAGAACAACACGAAGCUGAGACUAUGUUAAAGGUUAACAAUAUGCUUCUAGAAAACAUACUGCCGGCACACGUAGUACAAGUAUAUUUGGAUUUAAAUAGAUCUAUAGAUGAGCUUUACUACGAAAAAUACGACAACGUAGCGGUAAUGUUUGCCUCACUGACAGACUACAAACUGGGCAUAGAAGAAAACUCGGACGAUAAACUAAUGUUAAGUAUAUUGGAUGAAGUGAUAUCAGAUUUCGAUAGACUGCUUCUGACGGGCACAUCGGUGUACAAAGUGGAAAAGAUUAAAAUGGCUGGAUGGACAUAUAUGGCCGCCUGCGGGUUGGAUCCCAACAGGAGAGAAUCAAUAGGUUCCGACUCUUAUCAUGACCGCCGACAAAAUACUCCUUACAACCGUGCGAUAGUUGUCACCAUGGUCGAGUUUGCUGCUGCAAUGAUGAUGCAACUACAAAAUUUUAACCGUGGAUCUUUCCAGUGUUUCGAAGGACUGAAUCUGCGCAUUGGUAUCUCUAACGGAGAAGUUGCAGCUGGCGUAGUUGGUUCCAUUAAACCAUUGUACGAUAUUUGGGGACAUGCAGUCAACAUGGCUUCGCGAAUGGAUUCUACGGGUUUAACAGGCAAAAUCCAAGUAACAGAAGAAACAGCAAUGAUUCUGGACGAGUGUGGAAUUGUAACGAUGUAUCGUGGUGAGACAUUUGUCAAAGGAGCUGGCUACAUCAAAACGUUUUUCGUCCCACUUGACGAAAAUUAUGACUUAGUUAAAAGGGACUUAUGUACAGGUUACAGAAAUCGACAUUACAGUGUGCGCAACAUCACCUCAUCAGAGUCCGACUACGAUCCUGAUUUCCCGGUUAAUACUAGACAGCUAGGUAGUAGCGGAAGGCAACUGUCAGUAAAUAGUGAAAAACAGAAUUCAGUCAAUAGCGAGGGCAACUUCGAAGUAUCGUCGAUUAUUGAAGAUUUAGAAGACGAAAACGACACCGAAAUUCUAACUGGCGUAACAUCAAGUAAUUCUAUUAGUGAUGAAUGUGAUGAUAUUAUAUCAACGUUGUCUUCCGUGCACAGUGACACAUAUUCAGACUCCGAAAAUGAAAUUAUGGAAACUCGUUGUUGAUAUUUUGUAGUAAUCUCGGGAAAGCAUACUGUCUUACAUAGUGUCCAAAGUCUACGAUCCCAGAGGAUCAAUCAAAUGGAAAAAAAACGGGUCUUCGAUUAGAAAAAUAGAAUGUCUCAUGUAAACAGUGAUAGUACCUUUAAUAUGUUUAGUUGUAGACUAGCGCAUAAGUAACAAUAGUAAAAAUAUAGAAAUAAAAUAUUAAUUAUUAAGUUAUAGAUUUAUUUUUCUAUAACUCAAUCUGAUUAGUAUUUUUAGUUAAAAUAGACGUAAUUUUAACUAAAAAUACUAAACAAAUUUAUAAGUAUUA